AUGUCUGCCAAGUACGAUUACGUCAGAGCGGACAAGUUCACGCCAGAAUCGCGUGUCAACUGGAAAAGUGUUGGCAAGGUCAUGAGUUGGAAAAAAGAGGAAGAAGGUGUCGUCGACCGCGUUACUCUUGCAUUGGACAGCGGUCACAAGGUUUACAUCUACUUCCUUUCCCACCAGACCUUUCGAGUGCGCUUCAACCCAGACCCUAAAGCGCCGUACGUGCCCACAGAAUCACCUGCCACGGUUGAGGAUCGCAUUGAAGCGUAUGACCUGCGUGUGAAAGAGGAAAAUGGUGUACUCCAAAUGAACACAGAUUUCAUGGAAGUACGCGUCAACCUUGAAAAAUAUGCGCUUUCUGUGUACCGUGGCUCACAACUCAUCCACGCUGAUCCACCUGACUACAAUCUCGUGUACAUCCCGCGCGACCUUGGCGAAGCCGUCGCGAAUUUCAAAAUGGCUCCCACGAAUGCGCAGUACUAUGGUUUUGGUGAGAAAGGCGGGGCGAGCUUGGACAAGCGCAGGGUACCCAAGCAACAUUUCUACGGGCAGUUUGGCGGGAAGAUUUAUGAGAAGAUUCCAGCGGCUUUGACGUUUUUUAACUAUGAUAAUUUUGGUUACGAGGUUCCAGAUCUUACACCAGAUG